AAAACUCAGAAACAACUCCUCCGCUUCGAGAAAUCGAGACUGCUCGUCCCUGGCGGCGGCUGCCGGCCGCCUCCUCCUGCCACCCCGCCUUCUCCUUCCUCUCCGGCCGCCUCCUCCCUCUCCAGCCGUUUCAUGGAGCCGUCACCUCCUCCCUCUUCUUCCGCCGCUGCCUCCUCCGCCCGCUUCAUGGAGUCGCCGCUGCUCCAAGAAGGUGAGCAGCCGCAGCCUCGCCCUCCUUUUGCUGCAUCCUCCCUCCGUCCAAUCCCGUCCGAAGGGCGCCGCCUCGUGGAGCCGCCGUUGCCAUCCAUGGAUGCCGUCGAGGAGGAGAAGAUGAAUGUGGAGCAGCAGGUACCUCCCGUAGAGGAAUACCACACCACGCCUGAGGGAUGUGUUCAGCUCCCCCCAAAAUCCCAAAAAAGAUCGAGGAAAGAAGAGAAAGCAAAAAAUCUGGAAGAGAAGAGGAGGAAGAAACAGCAGGAGAAAAGGAGAAAGUUGGAAGAUAAGAGGAGAAAUAACAAUGAGAAGGAAAAAAAGUUGCAACAAAAGAAGAACAAGGAUGGUACUUCUCCUUCAGCUAUGCAUUGCAACAAGGAAGUUAGAUCCCCAAUAUGUAGGUCUCCAGGGGUGAAUAUGAUGAGAACAUUCAAAAGGAGAUCUUCAGAUGCAUUACGUAAAAGAUCCAACAAAAGUCCCAACUCUCAUAUAUUGGAUGAAACACCUGAAUCUCGAGCAAACUCCUUGUCUCCAAGAUCAGCAGCAUAUCAAAAUGACGUGCCAACAACAACUCUUGCUGCCAAACCACGCAAAUUGAGGUCUAAAGCUUGGGUCGAUUUUGAUCCUAUCUAUGAGAGAGGAUGCAUUGUAAGUGCAAAAUGCAAAUUCUGUGAUCUUGUCUUACCAGCUACUCAUAGAUUUGGUAGAAAUGGUCUGGUUAGGCAUGCUUCUACUUGCAGUUCUCGGUCACAAAUUCAUCUAAUGGUCGAUAAGCUAAAGAUUUCUGUUUCAUCUCCUGAUGCAUCCUUAGUUAAACAGUGGGAUUUUGAUCAAGGAGUUUCUAGAAGAUUGCUCGUUGAAAUGAUUGUCUUGAAUGAACUACCAUUUUCCUUUGUCGAGUAUUCUGGUUUUAGAAAAUUUGCAAAGAGCUUGAAUCCUGCGUUUCAUAUGGUUCAUUGAACCACUAUUAGCAGCGAUUGCUCAAGCAUAUAUCAUGAACAUAGGUCAGCUCUGCGUGACUUCUUUAAGCAAUAUAAGGGCAGGGUAUCCUUAACUGUUGAUUUAUGGACAUCGAACCAGGAAAUUGGAUAUGUUUGUAUUACCUGCCAUUAUGUUCAUGAGUGCAAGUUACAAAAAAGGAUAAUAAGAUUUUGUCGAUUGGAAACUCCACAUGAUGGAUGGUCAUUAUAUAAUGUUGUGCUGAAAAGUAUUCAAGAUUGGAGCAUUGAUGAUAAGUUAUUUGGCAUAACACUAGAUAAUGCAUCCGUUAAUGGUGCCAUGGUUAGAUAUUUCUGGUGUGGCUCGUCCUUCACAUGAUGCUCCUCAUCGAUGGAACUCUACCCUUUUGAUGCUGCAAUCUUCGGUUCCAUUUCUAAAAGCUUUCCUUGCACUGGAAAAGGAGGAUUCGAGCUACAUCUAUUGCCCGUCACCUGAAGAAUGGAGAAAAGCGGCUGCUGUUUGCAGUCUAUUGAAAGGAUUCUAUGAAGCCACAAAUAUUCUCUCUGGAUCUAGCUAUCCCACUUCACACCUCUUCUUUACACAGAUGUGGAAUAUUAAGUGUCUUUUGCAAAAAGAAGCCUCAAACCCAUAUGACUUUGUUCGAGAGAUGGUUGAUGAGAUGAUAAGGAAGUUUGCUAAAUACUGGGAUGAGUGCUUGAUAUCAUUAUGCAUACCUGUCAUCUUUGAUCCUAGAUUCAAGCUGGGUUACAUUGUGUUUCGAAUGGAGAAGUGGUUAGGAGCUGUUUGAGCGGAGAAAGUUAUAGUUGUUGUGAUACUGUCAUAAGUUUAUUCCAUGAUUAUUCAGCUAAGAUGGGAGGUAUGCUCAGUGGUAUAACACAAGAAGAAGACGCUAAUGCUGAUGUGGAGAUGGAAGAUGACCCUAUGGCAGAUUGGGAACAGCAUUUGAGUGCUCAGCAGCAGGAAGCCAACAAUGAAUUGGAUAGGUACUUAAAAGAGGACAAAUUCCCACGCAAUGUUCCAUUCGAUAUUCUUCAAUGGUGGGACAUGCACUCUGCAAAGUAUCCUAUUUUGUCGUGCAUUGCUCGCGACAUUCUUACUGUACAAGUUUCAACGGUAUCAUCUGAGUCAGCCUUUAGUACAAGAGGACGAGUGAUAAGUGAUUAUAGAAGUAGACCUGCCCCCGAUACAGUUGAGGAGGUAAUUUGCCUUCAAAAUUGGCUAAAGGCUGAAAAUCAAGAUUACCAAACUGAUCAUGAUGCAAAUCAUAUAAUUUGAGCAAACGUGGCAUUUUACAAAGUUGCCAAGGAGACCAACUUUGACUUCUGGGGAUUCAUUUUUGUGACGCUUACUGCUGUUAUAUCAUGAUUCUGCUGGUCCAUGACUCAGAUUCUGUUGCAACAGUGGCCGGUGACCAGCAGUUUUAAGUCAGUCAUCCAGCGGCAAAUAGGCGCAGCUAGCGGCAAGCAGAACCUAGAUGCAGAUUCAAGCAGCUAGCGGGUAACCAUGCGCCUGAUGCAGCUUCUCAGUCACUGGAUAUUGGGCUGAGCCGCGGUGCCGCUGGACACAAUCACAUGGACUUGCGGCCGGCCGCGGCUGCCCGCCUAGUACAUUGCGGAAGCGAACAAGUCCGCAUUGACCAUUGGGCUGGCCAUUGGCAUCCUGAAUAGCGGCUCGACCCGGUCACGCACGGCUGCGUCCUCAUCCAACCGCCGCAAGGAACCGGAGAAUUCGGAGGCGUGCAGGCGCAGCGCACUCUUUCUCCCUUCCCCCCUGACGCCGGCAAGGCGGCAAGAUCAAUAAAUGGCGUCAUAGCCACGGGCUUCCUUCUACUUCCUCCUCACCUGAUCUCACCACCGGCGACCGGCCGACUCCUUCCCCGCUAGCCUUACCUCUUCGACCGACCGGCGUCGCCAUCUUCCUCCCCCACCCCGGCGGUGCUGAACCGCCAGUGCCCAGUGGAGUGGAGAUCCAUCCAUCCGUGUUCGUGCAGUCGUGCCUGACUUCGUUCGCUGCGGAUUUCAGUUAGCGGUUUGUUGUUCCACGGAUUUGUUUCGGGGCGUAACCUGAACCCUCCAUGCCCCACGUGAACGCCAAGGUGUCAGCGGUGGCAGCGACCGCCGCGGGGAUGUCCGCGGCGACGGCGGCGGCUCCGAGGAGGUGGGAAGGGGUGGACCCGGCGCUGGAGAAGAUGGUGCUACGGGCGUGCCUGGACCAGGCCCCUGAGCGCCGCCGCGUCCGCGAGGCCUUCAAGGACGUCCAGCUCAGCAUCGACCACUGCCUCUUCAAGGCACAAUAUAGUGGCAUCGGAACAAAGGAGUCAUGUGAGCGAAACUCUAGAGGUGUGGAGAUUUUCUCAAAAUGUUGGUUUCCAGAGAAUCAUCGUAUAAAAGCAAUCGUUUGCCUCUGCCAUGGUUAUGGAGACACCUGUACCUUUUUCCUUGAUGGGAUUGCGAGGAAGAUUGCUUCAGCUGGAUAUGGAGUAUUUGCAUUGGACUACCCUGGUUUUGGUCUUUCGGAAGGACUUCACGGAUAUAUUCCAAGUUUCGAUACCCUUGUUGAUGAUGCUGCAGAACAUUUUGCUAAGAUCAAAGGUAAUUCAGAGCAUAGAGGUCUUCCGAGCUUUCUGUUUGGCCAAUCUAUGGGAGGAGCAGUUGCCUUGAAGAUUCACUUUAAGCAACCAGAUGAAUGGAAUGGGGCAAUACUAGUUGCACCCAUGUGCAAGAUGGCAGAUGACGUGGUUCCGGCUUGGCCUGUUCAGCAAGUUCUAAUUUUUUUGGCUAAACUCCUUCCAAAAGAGAAACUUGUUCCACAGAAAGACUUAGCAGAAUUGGCAUUCAAAGAGAAGAAAAAGCAAGAGCAGACUUCGUACAAUGUGAUUGCUUAUAAGGAUAAACCACGUCUCCGAACUGCUUUGGAGAUGCUGAGGACCACACAAGAGAUCGAAAGUCGUCUAGCAGAAGUUUCCUUGCCCAUAAUCAUUUUGCAUGGUGAUGCCGAUUUGGUCACUGACCCAGGCGUGAGUAAAGAUCUAUAUGAAAAAGCAAAUACCUCGUACAAGACGCUGCGCCUUUACAAAGAUGCAUGUCAUUCAAUCUUGGAAGGUGAAUCUGAUGAGACAAUUUUCCAAGUUCUCGAUGAUAUAAUCUCUUGGCUGGAUCAGCAUUCCAUGAAGGAAGUUCCAUUGUCGUAAACUGCACAGAACCCUUAUUGUCAGGCAUCACAGAUUAGACUUUAGUUCCAUUUCAGUUUUCCACUUGAUACACAUCCUUCUUUCUUCUUACCGAUUGCGAUGUACAUACAGUAUGCAGCAUUCAUCUGCGGGAUGUGUAUAAGCGAUAUAUAGCAGUUUAAUUUAAGAAAACUCAGGAAUUCAGUGCCUCGUUUAGCUUUCC